AUGACUAUUAACGAGGGAGUGACAAAAGAAACUGAAUGGAGAAUCAAAGUAGAUGGUGUCAUAUGGAAAAGAGGUGAAAUCUCUUGCAUCAUGUGGACAUUCAUAGCAAGUCUUUAUUUCAAGUUGUGUGAAUUUAUUAAGAAAUCUUGGGAAAUUGGUGUGAAUGAUCCAAGAAAAUUCAUCCAUUGUGUCAAGGUGGGAAUAACACUUACAGUUGUUUCACUAUUCUACUAUCUAAACCCUUUGUAUGAUGGAGUUGGAGGAAAUGCUAUGUGGGCAGUAAUGACUGUUGUUGUAGUCUUUGAAUAUACUGCUGGUUCUACAAUAUAUAAAGGUAUAAAUAGAAUAUGUGGAACUACACUUGCUGGUCUUCUAGCCUUUGGUGUACAUUGGGUUGCUAGUAAAGCUGGAGAGAAAAUUGAACUCAUAAUUGUUGGAGUCUUCCUCUUUCUAAUAGCUUCUGUAGCUACAUUCUCAAGAUUUAUACCAAUCAUAAAGGCUCGUUCUGAUUAUGGUGUCAUGAUAUUUAUCCUAACUUUCAGUUUGGUUUCGAUAUCGGGUUAUAGAAUUGAUGAAUUGUUUGAUAUUGCAAAAUCAAGAAUUUCAACAAUCAUAAUUGGCACUUCAUUGUGCAUAAUAGUUUGUUUGAUUAUUCGACCGGUUUGGGCUGGUCUAGAUCUAUAUGUUUUAGUUAUCGGAAAUCUCAACAAACUUGCUGACUCUUUUCAAGGUUGUGUGGCUCAAUAUUUUGAAGAACAAACAAGUGAUGAGGAGUCUAACAAAAAAAUGAUGGCUUACAAAAGUGUAUUAAACUCCAAAGUCACAGAAGAAACAAUGGCUAAUUUUGCUAGAUGGGAACCUCCACAUGGAAAAUUCAAUUUCCGCCACCCAUGGAAACAAUAUCUUAAAAUUGGAGCCACAAUGCGUAGGUGUGCUUCAUGCAUAGAAGCUCUUAAUGGUUGCAUAAAUUCAGAAAACAAGACAUCAUAUGACAUAAAGAAAAUCAUGAGUGCAGCAUCUAUGAAAGUAGGUGCCAACAGUGCAAGUGUCUUAAGAGAGUUGGCAAUUACAAUCAAAACUAUGACAAAGUCAAAUAAGCUUGAUAUUUUGGUGAUAGAAAUGAAUAAUGGUGCACAAGAGCUUCAAAAAUUAUUAAAAUGUUAUGAUGAUGGAAAAAUUGAAAUCCCAAUAAUGGAAAUUAUUGAAGUGGUGAGUGUGGUUUCUUUGCUUGAUGAAAUUGUAGUCCGUGUGAAAGACAUUGUGAAAUGUGUUGAAGAAUUGUCGGAUUUGGCAAAAUUUAAACCUGCAGUAUUGGCCAAGUGUAACAAAUCCAAACCAGCAGACAAUAAGAUCUCUCCGGAAGACCAAAAUGAUGACGAAAGAAUAAUCAAGACACUCCAAAUUGUUUGA